CACUGCGCUCGGUGUCCUUUUCGUGUGCUUGUGUCUGCCAGCCAGUGUCCAGCGCGUGCUGUAUUAUUAAUGAUAUUUCGGCUGAACCGUGAAAUCGCUCACACCGACUGGGGUCGCUCAGCUUGGAGUUCGAGAGCUCGUCGGGAGCAGAACGGCUCCGGCACAUGUGGUGCAGCGAUUGAGUAGUUUGUGUUAGGAUAGAUGGAUGCUGCUGCAACAACCUGAAGUCGGUGGACCGCUCGAGCGAGAAUUCAGUCGGUGUCAACGAGCGGAACGGACAACAUCUCCCGGAGUGAAGUUUGGAACACGGUUUUUCUUCCGGGACUGUAUUCGGGAUUUUGAGGAGUGCGAGGAGGCGUUCGGAAGCGAGGAAAUCAAAAAGUUUGACGUUGAUUCGAGUGAAGUAGGCGGUGCGUUUUCUUCCUGUGGUUGCUUGGAUUAACGGCGAAACGGGGGAGUCAAUUUAAUUUAAUUUUUCCGACUUUUUUCGCCUUUUGUUGGGGCCGAUGAUCGAAGGGUGGGAAAAAGUAAAGUAUCGAAGGAAAAUUUAUUGUUUUUCAGUGAAAAAGUUUUCCCGCCGCUGCUGAGGUGGCACCAGUAAGUGUCGAAGGAGUGAAGAAAGUUUUCCGGCUUAAUCCGACUGGGGAUUGGUGAAUUCGGUGGAAACAAGGGAAAGAGCGAAGGCAGCCUUAUAGAAGAGAUAAAUCGUGAGAAGUGAUUUGGGUAAAAUUUUUCGUGAAAGAAGGCGGAAGUGAGGCCGCGAAGAGCCAUGCCGGCAGAUGAGGCGGAAUAAUGAAAAUGCCGGUUCGCAGUGAGUGUAGCAAAGUGGAAGUCACGUGCAAUUUGAAACAGAGUGUAGUGUAGAGGAUUGGAAGUCCCCGAUGUGCCAUGGAAACCAUUUCUGACAUUCCAUCGAAGCAGGGGCAGCCGGAUGGGGCUGCCGGAGCCGACCUGCUGCAGGACACCAAGAAGCGAUCAUCGACAGUAGUAACAGCAGCUAGUAGCGCCAAAGCAGGCAGGAGAAGUCCAUCGAGAAAGAUUCCAGCAGGCGGUUUGACAGGCCAUGGCCGCAAAGGCAGCGGAAGUGGUCUGGAGGGCGGCAAUGCCUUACCCAAGCCAAAACCCGGCUCGUCGGCCAGCAGCAUGGUCAGCUAUCUGUUCUAUCUGCUGUGCAUCACUUCGCUCGGUGCCACAAUCUACGCCAACAUCCGCCAAUCAUAUUUAGAGGAUAGAUUAUUUAGCCUAGUUAGUAUCGAAGAACGACUCAGUGUGCUGGAGGGCCAAAUUCGCGAUGUAUAUAGCAGAAGCUAUCGGCACCAGAACAACCGCCGCCAGGACCAGGACCAGGAGGAGGCCAGCGUUUCCGACGUGGUGCGGAAGAUAUCGCUCCAGAUUGCCGAACUGCCGAGGAUACGUCGUGACGUUUCGGCGCUGAAACUAUCGCGAGCGACUCGUCAGGUUCCGCUGCCGGAAGGCGACUGCAUCUGUCCACCAGGACCACCAGGGCCUCCAGGUCCCCCUGGAAAGCGAGGGAAGCGAGGAAAGAAAGGCGACUCGGGUGAACCAGGGGUCGAGGGUCCCACUGGUCCACCUGGCAAGAAUGGUCUCCCGGGUCUGAAAGGAGCGAAAGGAGACCGAGGAUCCAUGGGGCCAAUCGGACUGGACGGUCCCAAGGGCGAACCGGGACGACCCGGGGACAAAGGCUCCAAAGGUGAAGUCGGAUUGCCACCGAUAGACGUGUUCCAGACAGUGAAGGGAUUAAAGCGAUCCGUAACGACACUGCGGGGUGGUUCGCUGGGAUACGCUGAAAUCGUAGCCGUCAAGGGCGAACCAGGUGAACCAGGGCCUCCAGGUCCACCGGGGCCAGUGGGGCCGUCGGGUCCGAUGGGACUGGAAGGACGGCCCGGCCCGCCUGGUGAUCCCGGUCCCAAGGGAGAUCCGGGCACGCCAGGCGAGAAGGGCCCCGUUGGGAAUCCGGGUACGCCGGGACUGCCCGGUGGAAAGGGUGAUCGAGGAGACAAAGGUGACCGAGGGCUAACGACGCACUUCAAGGGCGAUCAGUUCCCAGCGGGUAUCAUCGAAGGGCCGCCCGGCCCUCCAGGACCACCAGGUCCUCCCGGUGACAAAGGUGAUCCAGGUCCAGAAGGCCCUCCUGGUCCACAGGGAGAAAAGGGCCCACGGGGUAAACGCGGCAAACGAGGUCCAAACAAGGACGAUGACUACGACGAGGCAACGUUAGCACAGUUCCGGGGUCCUCCAGGUCCUCCCGGGCCUCCAGGACUUCCAGGGCGAGAUGGUCUUCCCGGACAGAAGGGUGACUCUGGAGAAGUUGGAGCACCUGGAUCACUUGGACCACGGGGGCUGGACGGAAUGGCCGGAGAACCAGGUAUUGAAGGACCCCCCGGUCUGCCCGGUUACCAAGGUCCACCAGGAGAGAAAGGCGAUCCGGGAGAUAUUGGACCUCCGGGACUCAUGGGUCCACCAGGCCUACCAGGUCCACCCGGUUAUCCAGGUGUCAAAGGUGACAAAGGCGAUCGAGGAGAUGGCAAGUUUAGGAAGAUGCGAAGGCGACAAGACCACGAAGGAAUGGCCGAUGAACCCUACCGAGGGGAAAUGGUGUACGGUCCACCGGGUCCACCAGGGGCACCUGGUCCAAUCGGUCAUCCAGGACAGCCGGGUCCUCGGGGGUACGACGGCAAGAAGGGUGAUAGGGGCGAAAAGGGUCAGAAGGGAGAAUACGGACCGAUGGGACUGCCGGGUCCAAUGGGAAUGCGAGGCGAUUCGGGUCCAGUCGGUCCAGUAGGCAAAGCAGGCCAUCCGGUGUGGGAAUACUAAUUUCAAGGGUAACGUGAUUCGAAGUUUUUUUAGGUUAUGAUUUGAUCAUUCUAGAAAUAGAAGUUGAGUUUGGGUAUUCGUUCGACUGUCAUCACUAAUCUAGUUAACCAUGGAAGAGGGUCUUCUCUCGUACCGAACGAGUAUUGGAAAAUCAAAAAGGAGUUAGAAAUUCAAUGUGUUAUUAAGGUAUUAUUUGACAAGAUGAGUUAUUAUCGGUAUAUUGGGGUAAAAGGGCUUAUUUCGACUCGUCCAACACAACAAAAUACAAGAAAACUAAGACUCUGAUCAAGUAUUCGAGAAUUGAGGAGCAGAGAAAGGGUAAUUGGAGAUGAUUGUAUUACUAGAGUAAGUAAGGGACGAGGGCUAAGGUACACAAAACCAUAUUUUUAUAAGUGUUUAUAAGAAAUCAGCGGGAAGAGGAAAAGGGAGUGACAAAUCGAGAGAAACCUAGAAAAGUGCGAUGUAAAAACUCAGAAGGUAAAACUUACAAACGAUUGUUGUUAGUCAUUGAUACUUCCUCUUGUUUCAGUGUCUUUUUUCGCUUCAAACAUUUUUCGACAUUUAGAUAAAACACCAAAAUAAGGGAAAAUUGAUGUAGGAGUAAGUUUGACAGCUAGGUGUUAAAUAAGGCAAAUCUAAAAAAUCCAACAAAUUGUGAAUACUCUGUAUACUUUCCUUUUGAUUUGCGUACUUUUGGAAACCUGCAUUUUGGAAACCAUUUUCGUUCUUCUUCUACUUCUCGGGAACCCCAUCUAGGAUAGGCGAAACAAAUUUUAUAAAUUCAUCAGAACACAAACCAACAUAUCUUUAUAAGAAGAAAAAAGCAAACCAACAAACUAUCAUAACUCCCUUACCUUACCAACUACUACUAAAGGCUAACUAAACUCUAUCGUGUUCGUGUAAGUUAUUCUAACUUUCAAAGCUCUCUCCCCCAUAAAAGGAAUGACAGAAAGCCAACGCGAAUCUCUCUUUCUCAUAUCAUAACCUCUCAACCACCCCUCACACAAAAAAAAAAGCUGUCGGCGUUUGAUUUGUGCAGAGCAAAACCAUCCAUCCGUUCCAUAUAUCAUGAAAAUAAUCCAUCACAAAACACCGCCCAUUCACGCAGCUGACAGACAGACGGAGGAAAAGUUUGUUAAAUAUUGUAAAGAGUCAUAUAGAAGCGAGGUGAAAUAAAAAGAGUCAACAAAUAAAAAAAAACAAAACCGAUUGAGAAACGAA